AUUAUUGACUGAAACACACAUGAAAAGUUCAAGGUGUACUUCAUCGAUUAUCAGUUAAAUCACAUUGCAUUCCGAUACCUAAGCAAAUCUGAAGUAUGUGCAUACAAUAGUUGGCAAGUACUGAGACCUUCUGCCUUGCUGACUAAGCUAUAAAUGUGAAGAAGCUUAUUGGAAAAUCAGUAGUAACAUUGCCCACAUUCGCAUCGAAAGAUUCGAGCAAUGGCUUGCAAAUUUAGCGCUUCGCAAACAAAUCUGCUGUAUUUAAUGAUCUUUUGUUUAUGGAUCGCGACAGCUGUGACCUUGAAUGAAAGGCUUGAACAAACCUUCCGCCAUCCCGAUUGCCCACUUGCCGACGAUCCUAUGCACCCAAUACACUUGCCUUACCCCAGCGAUUGCCACAAGUAUUACACUUGCAAAAAUGGGUAUGCCUACGCAAUGUUGUGUCAGAACGAGCUACAAUGGAGUGUGACAACCUAUCGCUGUGAUUUUCCUUCCGUCGCGAAUUGUAAUAACACUCAUCCCAAUCCAAUUGAUUCAACCUAUGGUGGCGCAUUUCCCGCAUCGGAAGGCGUUAUAUUCAAGACAGAUGCCAAGGAUUGCAACAGGUUUUACAGUUGUAUGCCGAUGCGUUGCCCUCCCUCCCAGCAUUGGAAUGGAAUGUUAAAUCGUUGUGAUUCACCACAAAAUACCAUUUGCGAUGCUUCUGCACAA